AUGCUUCUUCAAUCUCAGCCCGAGACCUAUGACCGUCCUUUCGUUCCACAAAAUGUUAUUGUCACAGACAUCACCGGAGACGAAGAUAAAUACGGUCUUGACAGCCAUGGCUUCAAGAUUUAUAAGCACGAGAGCUCAGAGAAGGAUUUCCUUGAUGAUGAGAAAAUCAAGGCGGAAUAUUACCCAGAGACAGAGCAGCUCUUGAAAGAUGCGACCGGUGCUGUCCGUGUCUUUAUCUUUGACCAUACGAUUCGAAGGCAGCCCAAGGAUGAGCGGACCCCUGGUGCUCAACUGAGAGGCCCUGUAUUCCGCGUGCAUAUCGACCAAUCAUACUCUGCCUCAACGAACCGAGUAUCUUACCAUCUCCCAGACGAGGCAGAGGAGCUUCUAAAAAAGAGAUAUCAGAUUAUCAAUGUCUGGCGCCCAAUUAAAACAAUCUACAAGGAUCCUCUGGCCAUUGCAGAAGCCCACUCUGUUCCAGACUCUGAUUUAGUGCCAGCAGCACUGGUCUACCCAACUAGACGAGGAGAAACAUACGCGGUCAGGCCGAACCCCAACCACCGAUGGUAUUUCAAAUAUGCUCAGCGCCCAGACGAGGUCACUCUCAUCAAAUGCUUCGACUCUCUAGAAGACGGCCGAGCAAGACGCGUACCUCACUCUGCUUUUGUCAACCCUAACGAAGAGAAGAACGAGCCAAGAGAGAGUAUCGAGGUUAGGGCUCUUGUAUUUUAUGACCAUUAG